AUGAAAGAGGAAUUGGAAAUUGUCAUUUUUUCUUCAAAAAUUCAAUCUUUAAUCGAAUCAAAUUAUCCAAACAUCGUUAAAUUAAUUAAGUAUAAUGGUGAAGGUUUGACAAAAGCACUUCAUGAUAUAGAUGGAGCAGUAUCAGCACGUAAAGCAGUUACCACUUUUAAAGUUACUCAAGACGGAAAUAAUAACUUUAAAACAUGGAGUGAAUACAAAGACUCUAUACAUAAAUUCCUUGAGCAAGUUAACGAUGAUACAAGAUUAGAGAAAGCUAGAAAAAGUCUGGCGCAUCAAAUAUGGAAGGCUCAUUAUAACAGAUUUCCAGAUUGGCCACCUGUUGGAAGAACGCAGAGUGAUGAUGUGGAUUUGUCUGCUAAUGAUAUACAUGACGAUGGACAAUACACUAUUGCAUGGAUGAGUGAAGGUAAAAUUACCGUUACUGAUGAGCAUCCUUCUGCAAACGUGUAUAAAACAAAGCUUGGCGGGACCCCUGUUUUAAGAAUCUUGUUUGUUAAUAAGCGUAUUGUAAAAGAAUUAGAAAACAAGGCGAAUGUAGAUUUUGAAAAUGCUAAAAAAAAAGUUGAUUCAUAUACUAAGAGUGUGGGUUGGGAUUAA